AUGUCUAGCACUCAGCCGGAAGCCGAAAAAGAAGAAAAAGAGGUUCCUAAGGAAACGUCCGCAGCACUUUCAACGAGCGGAGAAACCGUGGAAGCUGCAACUGCCGAGACGGCUCAAGGAACAGGCAAAGCGGAAGAAGAAGAAGCGGCCAAGCUGAACACUACGGCAGCAGCAGCAGCAGCAGCAGGAGGAGGUGACGAUGUUGACGACUUGGACGAUCUUUUGGAUGAUUUCGCCGAUGACAUAUUGAGCAAGCCUCCAGGAUCAACAGUCAACGACACCGAGUGGCAGUCGCAGGGAAACGCCAAAGAGGCAGCACAAGCGCCCGCGCAACCGUCAUCAUCACCAUCCACGAACCCACUCGGUGACGACUUUCAGAAAUCGAUAGCAGACUUGAUCCAAGACAUGAAGAUCGAAGACCGCGAAACCCAGGAACAGUUUGAAACGCUAGUCAAACAGUUUGAAGUUAACCACCGGGCCGAGGUUGAAGCCGAGGAGGCCAAGCCGGCUAAUUUCGAGUACGUCAUGAAGGAGACCAUGGAGAGAUUGAGAAAGUCGGGCCAGGACAUUGACUCCAAGAUCCAGAAGGACCCCUUGGGCUCGAACCCUGAGGACAUCUUGACGCAACUAUUAGCUGGCAUGGGAGGCGACGCAAGUUUGGGCGGCGGAGAUAUGGAUAUGAGCAAAUUGCUCGUUGAAAUGUUGGAGCAGUUGAGUUCAAAAGACGUAUUAUACGAGCCUAUCAAAGACCUCAAUCUGAAGUUCCCCAAGUACUUGGAAGAGAACAAGGACAAGUUGGAGCAAUCCAAGUUGCAAAACUAUGAAAAACAGUAUGCCAUCACCAAAGAUAUCUUGAAGAUUUUCGAAAGUUCCGACUACAGUGACUCCAACCAGAAGCAGCGUGACGAGGUGAACUCGCUUUUGGAAAGUUUACAAGAGUUGGGCCAACCUCCACUGGAAUUGGUUGGUGAUUCGGGCGAUUUCUUGCCUGGUUUGGGCGGAGGCUCCAAAAGCGGCGCUGCUGAUCCGUUUGGGUUUAGCGAUAAGGACUUGCCUCCUGAUUUAGAAAAGAAUUUGCAAGAAGGAUGUCAACAACAGUAG